GUCUUCAAACGAAAUGGUUAAAACCAGCGAUAUCUCAUCUAAACCUGAUCCGGGAGAUGCUCAUGGUUGCGGAUGGUCAUGGUUUGCACCAAAAUUCUUACGAAAAUUCGCUGUAUUCAACGUAUUUAUGUUCGUCCUAUCCAUUAAUGCUAUUAUACAAGGAAUGAUGGUCAAUGGCUUUAUUUCUACAAGUAUCUCCAGUAUUGAAAAGAGAUUUAAUCUUUCGUCGACUAAGUCUGGAGUAUUCUCAGCUACCUAUGACGUUGCUGUCGCAAUCAUGCUCAUCCCCUUAUCCUAUUAUGCUCAUCGAGUCAACAAAGUUCGUUGCAUCGGCUAUGGAAUGUUUAUGGUUGGCCUUGGAGCGCUCAUUCUCAUCCUUCCACAUUUCAUUGAUGGUCUUUACGAGGUGGGAGCCCUGAAAUCAGAUGUAUGCGAUGCUAAUAGGGAGAAUAGCAGUUGUGAUGCACAACAGAAAACUAGCAUCUAUUCAUACCCGCUACUGCUCGCGUCUCAGCUUUUUAUCGGAUUCGGUGCUGCACCUCUGUUUACCUACGGUUACAGUACCAUAGACGAGUUCGAUUCACAAAAGAGAACUGGAAACAAUAUGGCAAUCUUCAUGGGAGUAAGCACUGUUGGACCUGCGCUUGCCUUCAUCGGAGGAGGCUAUCUAUUAACCAUUUGGGGAGACAUCGGGAAAUCGAAUUAUCUGGAUCUUGGCAUUAAUGGGCCAUCUGAUCCACGAUGGUACGGGGCCUGGUGGAUCGGAUUCUUUGCAGCUGGCUUAGCCUCAUUUUUCACUUCUCUGCCACUAUGCAUGUUCCCGAAAAAGUUGAAUGACACCGAUGAACGAAAAAAGGAUGAUAUUGUGCAAACUCACGCGAAACUAAAUGUUGACUUUAGCGGAGACAGAUUCGAAUAUCUCAAGAUUUUUAAGUUGUUUUUCUUCAACAAAACGUGUAUGGCGCUGAUUGCGAUGCAAACUGCUGAGUCGAUGAUUAUGAAUGGCUACAUUACGUUCAUACCAAAACUAUUCGAAAAUUUAUUCGGAUUUAGCAGCAGCUGGGCAAGUACAAUGACGGGGUUAAUUAUUGUCCCAAUGGGUGUGAUUGGCAGCUACAUGGGAGGAAAACUAGGAGAAAGGGUCGAGAAUCGUUUUAGACCAAAUAUGAAAAUGUGCAUGGCAUUGACAGUAGUGAUGAUCGCUAGCUCAUCUGCAUUUCUUCUUGGCUGCCCAAAAAUUCGGAUAGCUGGUAUGAAUAGCGGCUAUGAAAGAACUGAACAAGAGACGUUCUCUCUGACCCACUCAUGCAAUUACGGCUGUCAGUGUGAUGGGCUCUUCAAUCCUGUAUGCGCUUUAGAGACUGGUGUCAGCUACUUUUCUCCAUGUCACGCUGGAUGUGCUGCUGUCAAUCCGGACUCAAAUUCCUGGAAUACAUGCAGCUGCUCAAGUUUGUACAAUCAAACAGUAAACACUGUUCGAAAGGGUUGGUGCGAGGUAUCAUGCCGGAGGACUCAAAUAAUCUUCUUUUCACUUUUCGCUCUACUUGCCGUAAGCGUAUUCGCUCUAGCUCCUCUAAUCCAGAGUGCUGCUAUGAGAGUCGUCUCAUUUGACCAUCGAGAUGCUUUCAUUUGCUUUGGCUGGAUGUUUAUGAGGGUGUUCGGCUCAAUUCCUGGUGCCGUUCUUUUUGGAGCUGUAAUUGAUACCACUUGUAUGCACUGGAGUACAGGCUGUGAUGGCUCGACGAAAUGUGUACUUUACAAUGCUGAAAAACUUGGAUUUUACAUUUUCUUGUUCACAAUAAUUGCAAAAAUUUUCUGCUUCUGCUGCUUGUUCAUCGCUCACCGAUCCUACAUCCCAAUCGACAAUGACGUUGUAGAAUGCCAAAAACAACAAAAAGCCCUCUAUCCAACCUCAAAGCCAAAAGCGACGACUCCUGUCAUAGAUGUGAUAAAAAGCACUGCCCUGUAA